AUGUCGACUAUCCACCCGUUUGACCCCCUCACUCCAAGGGAAAUCGCAAAGGCUGCAAUAAUCACCAAGAGGGAGUUCCAUGGAACAAACCUGAACUUCCGAGUGAUCACCCUCAAAGAGCCGCCCAAGGGGGAGAUGAUCCCUUUCCUUGAGAAAGAGCAUCAAGGCCAGCCUCCAACACCGCGCCCAAGCCGUGCUGCCCGUGUCCAGGUCAUCGCCAGAGGACCAUCGGGAUCCAACGAUUUGAUCGAAAUUAUUGUCGAUUUGGACAAUGACUCUGUACUCGAGAAGAAGCCCCUCUUGGGAAAGCAUUCGUAUAUCGAUUCUGCUUACAUGCAGGCCGUUGAAAAGGCCUGCAGGGCCGAUUCGAGAGUCCAAGCUGAAAUUCAGAAGCUCAAACUUCCACCGGGCGCCACGGUUGUCAUUGAAGCAUGGGCUUACGCUACAGAUGGGAUGAACGAUAUGAGCGAGCGUACCACCAUGUGCUGGUUCUAUAUGCGCCUGCUCGAAAACGAAGACGCAAACUACUACGCCUACCCCCUCGAUAUCUGUGCCGAAGUAUCCGAGAAACUCGAGGUCACCAAGAUUUACUACCUCCCCUCCUCCGAGAACGAACGAGUCCGCGAGAAUGCCCAGCCCUACGAUGACCGCAAGAUCCACUCACCCGAGCUGAGCGAGUACCAUCCCUCUCUUCGCCCAGAACCCCGUACAACCACCAAGCCAUACCAAGUCAUCCAGCCCGAAGGCCCAUCUUUUAAGGUCGACGGGAACCACCUAAGCUGGGAAAAGUGGACUAUGCGCGUAGGUUUUAACUACCGCGAGGGCCUGACCCUCCACGACCUCCGAUACGACGGCCGAAACCUCUUCUACCGACUCUCUCUAUCAGAGAUGUUUGUGCCAUACGGGGAUCCCCGAUCUCCAUACCCGCGCAAAGCAGCCUUCGACCUAGGCAACGACGGCGCCGGCAUCAACGCGAACAACCUCCAACUAGGCUGCGACUGCUUGGGUUUGAUCAAAUACUUCGACGGCUGGCACAAUACAGCCUCCGGAGAACCGCUUAAGCUUCCCAAUGUAGUCUGCUGCCACGAACAAGACGAUGGCAUCCUCUGGAAACACACGAACUUCCGCACGCAAAAUGCGGUAGUGACUCGCUCACGCAUCCUCGUCUUGCAAACUAUCAUCACGGUGAGCAAUUACGAAUAUAUCUUCGCCUUUCAUUUUGGGCAGGAUGCAUCGAUUCACUACGAAGUGCGUGCUACGGGGAUCCUCUCCACGGCUCCGAUUAAUAUCGGCGACAAAGUCGGCUAUGGGACGGUCGUUGCACCGGGCGUGCUUGCUCCAUACCACCAACACCUUUUCUCAUUGCGCAUCGACCCUGCCAUUGACGGGAUGGCCAACUCCCUGCAAGUCGAGGAGUCGCACGCCAUGCCCGUUAACAACCCAAAUAUCCACAAUCCAUCUGGCGUAGGCUACUCGACCAAGUCGCAGAUCAUCACAGAAGAAAGCGGACACGACCUCGACCAUUCAAAGAACCGUACCUUCAAAAUUAUCAACGAGAACAAAACCAAUCCGAUCACCGGGACUCCAGUUGGCUUCAAGCUGCUGCCGUGCUAUAGUCAACUCCUCCUUGCACAUGGGGACUCGUAUCACGCGAAACGCUCUGAAUUCGGACAGCACGCUGUAUGGGUAACGCGGUACGAAGAUGAUGAGUUAUUCCCCGCUGGUCGAUACACGAUGCAGUCGAUGGGUGGCGAGGGCAUUGCUUCUGCAAUUGAGCGACGGAAGCAGGAGGGGACGUCUUGGGUUCGAAAUGAAGAUAUCGUCGUCUGGCAUACGUUCGGAUCGACGCAUAAUCCGCGCAUUGAAGAUUGGCCGGUUAUGCCGGUGGAGAAAAUGGUUGUUGGGUUGAAGCCGGUUAAUUUCUUCCUGGGGAAUCCGGGGCUGGACGUGGCUGUGUCGACGCAGGAGAAAAACCGGAGUGUUUUGGUGGAGGGUGGUUCGGCGAAGGAUUGCUGUCGGUUGUAG